UUGAAAACGCGCACGGAAAAUCGACAAAAAUAUGCUCGUGCGCAACGUUAUAGCCUUGGUGUUCGUCGGCAAGUGCCACCCAUCGGGGGGGCAGUGAAGAGAAAGCCAUUGAGCAAUUUGUCAACAACAACCAACAAAAAAAAAAUACUACUCAGUGCUCCGUUCCGUGUGUGUGGUGUGUGGUGUUCCCCAGUUGAAGAAAAAGGCGAGAACAAAGAGCCAAAUAACCAAAAAUAUAGAAGAAAAGUGGCAGGAGAAGUGCUGGGAAACUCGCUGCGUGAAGCCUUCACGUCGUCUGUUCUGCGAGUGUGAGUGUGUGUGUGUCUCUGUGGGUCCGGCCGUCGAUCAAUUAAAAUUCCACUGUGGCCGCAGACCGCUCAAGAAUCAAAUCGAAUUAAACAAAAAAUCAACUAAUAUUUUGGUAUUCAAAUAUUCAAAUCGUAUUCGUCUACCGCCAGCCCGGCCAUUCAUCGCCAGCCAGCGAGCGAGCGACUCUUUUGCGUUUGCAUAAAAUUUGAAUUGUGAUAAAAAAAAAAACAACCGAAAUAAAUCGAAUACAAAAUGCGAAGAAAAGAGGAAUUAUUUACAUGCAAAAUGAAGAAGUUUUUGUUGGAAAUGCAAAUGUGAAGAAGUGCCUUUUGGACGGGGUGUUCUGUGCGUUUUUCGCGUCGCGAGUGAUAAAUAAUACUAUUUGAAACGCAAAUAAAAGGGAACGCGAAGGCGAAAACCCGAAAAGGAAUACCAAAAAAUCAAAAGAAAAGUAAAACAGUAAAACAAAAACUACAGCGAGUAAAAGAGCAACGAGAACGAGUGCAAAGCGGCAGAAAUUAUAGCGAGGGGGCGACAAGAGUAACCGUUAAUAUCAUCCAUAACCAGAGCAAAAGCUCCCGUUAAGCCCACUGAGAGAGCAAAGCGGGAGCAAAGCAAAACAAAGCCACGGAAAAAGCUCCCACUGAGCCUACACAGCGACAAGCGGGAGCAAUGCAAAGACAUUUAUCUUUAUUGAGAUCAACAAUCUCAAGAUCAGCAGCAACAAUAAAGAUAAUAGAACACCAUAAACCUUCGCAUAAGCACGCCUAAGUAGUUCAUUAUAAAGUCGCCCACAAUAGAAAUGCAAAUGCAGAAAAGUGCCUAAGAAUAUACAGAAGAAGAGCGAAAGAAGCAACAAAGCAAGAGCCACAAAUGUUGAUUAAAUAAUUUAUUUAUUUACAUAUAUAUUUACUCGUACACAAGUGAAUAUUUUAGCAAAGUAAAUCCCCGCAAAGGAGGGUAAACAUAAAACAUAUUUAUUUACAUACGAAAAUCUCUCCCCUGAUGUGGGAGCGAGAGAAACGAGUGCCUUAGUGUUCGCGCGCCCGUUCGUGUGUGCGUUCGUGUGUGUGUGUGUGUGAGAGUGUGUGUGAGUGAGAGCUGAGCAGAGAAGAGUAUUUUGUGAUAUGAGUGGAAAAUACCGCAGAGAGAAGACGCAGCAGAAGACGCAGCAGCAGCAGAAGCAGCAGAAUGCAUCCAGCGGGGGAGAAAAGGGGCGGUCGCCCCAAUGAUAAAUACACUGCGGAAGCCCUCGAGAGCAUCAAGCAGGAUCUAACACGAUUCGAAGUACAAAACAAUCAAAGAAAUAAUCAGAAUUACACAGCUCUGCGAUACACAGCCACCAAUGGACGCAAUGAUGCACUUACUCCGGACUAUCAUCAUGUCAAGCCGCCCAUGGAGCCACCGUCGUCGGCGUCCCCGUCGCCGGAUGUGGUCAUCCCCCCGCCACCCGCCAUCGUAGGUGGCCAGCCCGUGGUGGGCGUUGGUGUGGGCGUGGCCCUGCAGACGAACGGACACGUGCCAAAGAUGAUGAACCCCCUGAUCCCCACGAAGCUGAUUCGCAAGCCGAGCAUCGAGCGGGAUACCCCCAGCCACUACCUGCGCUGCAGCCCGGCCCUGGACUCGGGCGCCGGCAGCUCCCGGUCCGACAGCCCGCACUCCCACUCCCACCAGGGCCUCGGCGGAGGAGGAGGCGGCGGCGGGGGUGGCAGCCGGGCCAGCACCACGGGUCCGUACUCCCCGUCGCCGAGCAGCUUCAGCGAUGCGGCUCCCCCGGCGCCGCCACCACGGAAUCCGACGGCCUCCAGCUCGGCCACGCCCCCUCCGCCACCGCCCACGAACCAGGCGUACGUGAAGCGAAGGUCGCCGGCGCUGAACCGCCCGCCGGCGAUAGCCCCACCGCCAGGAGCGCCCGGGACACGCGGCACCUCGCCGGUCAUCCCGCAGAACGGGCUGAAGACGCAGCAGCAGCUCUCGCAGCAGAUGAAGGUGCUCAACAUGUACCCCGGCGGAGGCAACGGCGCCGCGGUGGAGCCCCCGCCGCCGUAUCUCAUCAACACGGUGGUGGUGACCAGCAGCCAGCCCCCGCCGCCGCCCAGCUACACGGCCUCGAUGCAGUCCCGCCAGUCGCCGACGCAGUCGCAGCAGUCGGACUACCGCAAGUCCCCCAGCAGUGGCAUCUACUCGGCCACGUCGGCGGGAUCGCCCAGUCCCAUCACCGUGAGCAACAGCAGCGGCAUCCUGCCACCCCCGCCCGUCUCCGCGGGGUCCGUGGGCCUGGCCAAGCCCCAGCCGAGGGCGUACCAGGCGCGCACCCAGCAGCCCAUCAUCAUGCAGAGCGUGAAGAGCACGCAGGUGCAGAAGCCAGUGCUCCAGACGGCAGUGGCGCCCCAGUCGCCGGUCAGUGCCUCCGCCAGCAACAGUCCGGUGCACGUCAUGGCCGCCCCGCCAUCCUACCCCCAGAAGUCGCCGGCGGUGGUGCAGCAGCAGCAGCAGGCAGCGGCAGCCGCCGCCCAUCAGCACUCGCCGCUCCUGGUGGUCCCGAACACGGGGUCCGUGGUGGUGGGAUCGUCCGCCGUGAAGCCACCCACGCCCACAACGCCGCCGCUGAUGGGAUCCGCUCUCAACGGGUCCGUGAUCGUCAAGCCCGCCUGCAUGGAGCCCCCCUCCUAUGCCAAGAGCAUGCAGGCCAAGGCUGCCAUUGUGCAUCCGCAGCAGGUCCAGGUGCAACAGCAGCAGCAACAGCAACAACAGCAGCAACAGCAGCAGCAGCUCCAGGCACUGAGAGCACUCCAGGCUCAAGCACAGGCACAGCAGGCGCAGGCACAACAGCAGCAGCAGCAACAACAACAGCAGCAGCAGCAGCAACAGCAGAAGGCAACCCUGGCGAGCAAUGGCAAUCCUGGCAGACAGCUUCCACCCCCACCCCCCUACCAGAGCAACAACAACAACGACAGUAAACCCGCCAGCAACAACAACAACAACAUUCAGAUCACAAACAGCAACCUUGCCACCACCCCGCCAAUACCGCCCGCCAAGUACAGCGGAGCGGGAGGAGCUGGGGCGGGAGCCAACAGUUCGGGCGGAAGCAAUGGCUCCACAUCGACAGCGUCCUCUUCGGGAGCAAAGGCCGCCGCUGCCGCCGCCGCCGCCUGCAAGAAGAUCAAGCACGCAUCGCCGAUACCCGAGCGGAAGAUCUCCAAGGAGAAGGAGGAGGAGCGGAAGGAGGGGCGCAUGCGGCAGUACUCGCCGCAGGCCUUCAAGUUCUUCAUGGAGCAGCACAUCGAGAACGUGAUCAAGUCGUACCGCCAGCGCACCUACCGCAAGAACCAGCUGGAGAAGGAGAUGCUCAAGGUGGGGCUGCCGGACGAGACGCAGGUCGAGAUGCGGAAGAUGCUCAACCAGAAGGAGAGCAACUACAUCCGCCUCAAGCGGGCCAAGAUGGACAAGAGCAUGUUCGUGAAGAUCAAGCCGAUCGGCGUCGGUGCCUUUGGGGAGGUGACGCUCGUCCGCAAGAUCGACACCUCCAACCAUCUGUACGCCAUGAAGACGCUCCGCAAGGCCGACGUCCUCAAGCGCAACCAAGUGGCGCAUGUGAAAGCCGAACGUGAUAUCUUGGCGGAGGCCGACAACAACUGGGUGGUGAAGCUCUACUAUAGUUUUCAGGAUAAGGAUAAUUUAUACUUUGUGAUGGACUACAUACCCGGUGGCGAUCUCAUGUCGCUGCUGAUCAAGCUGGGCAUCUUCGAGGAGGAGCUGGCCCGUUUCUACAUAGCGGAAGUCACCUGCGCCGUGGACAGUGUACACAAAAUGGGCUUCAUUCAUAGAGACAUCAAGCCUGACAACAUACUCAUCGACAGUGUCGGACACAUAAAACUCACCGAUUUCGGCCUUUGCACGGGAUUCCGAUGGACGCAUAACUCAAAGUACUAUCAGGAGAAUGGCAAUCACUCGCGUCAGGACUCGAUGGAACCCUGGGAGGAUUACUCGGAGAAUGGACCCAAACCCACUGUGCUGGAGCGACGACGGAUGCGCGAUCACCAAAGAGUUUUGGCCCACUCGCUGGUGGGGACACCGAACUACAUAGCGCCCGAGGUGCUGGAGCGGAGCGGCUACACGCAGCUGUGCGACUACUGGAGCGUCGGAGUGAUUCUCUACGAGAUGCUGGUGGGGCAGCCGCCCUUCCUGGCCAACACCCCACUGGAGACGCAACAGAAGGUCAUAAACUGGGAGAAAACGUUGCAUAUACCGCCGCAGGCGGAACUCUCGCGGGAGGCCACCGAUCUGAUUCGGCGGCUCUGUGCGUCGGCGGACAAGCGGCUGGGCAAGAGCGUGGACGAGGUGAAGAGCCAUGACUUCUUCAAGGGCAUCGAUUUUGCGGACAUGAGGAAGCAGAAGGCGCCCUUCAUACCCGAAAUCAAGCAUCCCACGGACACGUCCAACUUCGAUCCGGUCGAUCCGGACAAGCUGCGCUCGAAUGACUCGAACAUGAGCAGCGGCGACGACAUCGAUCAGAACGACAGGCCAUUCCAUGGAUUUUUCGAAUUUACCUUUAGGAGAUUCUUCGACGACAAACAGCAGCCGGAUAUGACGGACGAUCAGGCGCCGGUCUACGUUUGAAUCCCGAAUACCGAACCCCGAACCCACCACCCCCCAAUCAAUUGUUAGUCAAAUAGUCACAAAGGAGAGUCCGAUGUGUGACGACCAGCCCACAGGAGAAUGAAACUAUAUAGAUUAUAUAAUUUAUAGGAGAAAAAGAGAAGAGAGAAGAGAAAUACAAAUAUAUCAUAUGCUUGAGUGCAUGAACUGAAUAAAUUUAAAGAGAAAAAACUAAAAAAGAAACGAGAGGCGAGAAGCGAGAAGCGAGCAACGAGAGGGAAGCGAGAACGAGUCAUAACUUUGGAAUACACUUUCUAAACUACAGAUAUCUAUGGUAAAUAUCCACGAUCUGCAGUCUACUAAGCGUCGUGCAUUAACCUGAAAGAAUCGGACCAAUUUCUGGUGCUCAAACAAAAGAAUGCCUUAAAACGAGUACUCUACCCUCUACACACACUGAGCGAAGCGAAUUUACCUAAGCCCAAUCCACUCUACAGCCCGAGACCAGGGGACCAGGCGACCAAUCGAUGGAUGGCCACUAAUACAGCAGGCUGGUUAGUCCAGGCCAUCAUCCACCGGAGCAGAGAUUCAGAUUCGGAUUUAGGAUGGACACGGAACAUCAUGUCAUCGAUUGGCGACUAUAAGUUGAGCGAUAGCGAUAUAAGCGGGUCUUAUAAGCCUAAUCUAAUCUAACAGAACCAGAACCAGAACCACACCACUCUGCGCUAUUCUAUCCAUGAACCCACACCCAUCUCUGUCACUGCUCAUUAUUGAAUUGUCUUUGAACUUGUGUCCAACAAUCCCCACAAAAACAAGAAAAGAACAAACUAUAUAUCUAUAUCUAUGUUAUACGUAUAUACUGUAUCUGUAUCUAUAUCUAUAGCAAUGUUAGACCAACUUGUUGAAUGCCAAAUCAAAUUGUUUAAAUGAGAAUGAAAGUAGAAGAAGAAUUCAACACAGAACGAGGAAGGAGGAACGAGGAACGAGAACGGAACUAAAUGGAAUGGAAUGGAAGAGCAGGCGUUAUUGUAAUAUUGUAAAGCAAACUACAUUUUAAUCCUUAUGCCUAGUUACACAUUAUACAUAUACAUAUAUCUGUAGUAUAUAGUAGGUACAUGUAUGUAUAUGCAAUACAUUUUUAUUUAUGCUAAAGUUGUGUACCGCGUAAGAUGUUUUUUAGUUUAUAGAACAACCAACCGCCUAACCAUAAUCUAGUUUAAUUUCCUAACACUUAAGGCGCGGUGUGCAUCAGUUUUUUUUGGUUUGUUUGUCGUAUAUUUUGGCGUUGCCCUACCCUGAAGCAUGCAGUGCAGUGUGGGGCGUUUUCCCCGUUCAAAUUAGCCUCAGUUUGUGUGUGCGUGUGUUUUUUAUAUGAUUACCCAUAUAGUAUAUAUAUAUUUUAUCAAUCUAAUUAUGUAUAGUACGAAUACGUAGCAUAUAGUAUAUUAAAUGUGAGACGAGGGACGAGAGGAUCCAAUCGAGCUAAUUGAAGGGGAGAAUACAAACCAACUCUGUGUGUGCCUUGGCCAAUUAGUUUACUAAAACAAAUUAAUAAAUGCAAAACAACAAAUUUAUACAAACAAG